AUGGCCGCCCAGUUUAAUACUUUAAUUGAGGGAAAGAGUACUCCCCAGGUUGCGAAUCUAGCGGCUGUAGCUCGCAAAGGUCAGCAUGGUGUAGCUUCCGUACCGACAUAUCCUGAACUGGACGAGUUCCAAUUGGGCAGAUCCUCGCCUACGAGAGAAUAUUCACCAUCAUUACCUAGGGUGGCUAGAAUAUCUCUAGGUUCCACAGAUGUGGAGAGUCUUCCAGCAUCUUUCGGUUCACCUCGUGACCACGAAAGAGCACAGAACCCGGCUAGUCGUGUUACGGCAAAUGUGGCACAUAGUCUUUUGAAUCCUCCGAGGAAUAAAUGGCGGUUUGUGAGUGCCUGUGUGAUGUUCUUGGCCAACGGUAUGGGGGAUAGCUCCCUUGGUGCAUUGAUCCCGUACAUGGAGGAGGAUUAUCACAUCGGAUAUUCGACCGUGUCGUUGGUUUUUGUCGCCAACGCCCUAGGAUUCAUCUUGGCUGCACCACUCACUCAUGCGAUUAAUAGUCGACUUGGUCGCUCGAAGACGUCCAUGAUAUGUCAAGCAUUCUUAGUGACAGCAUUCACCCUGAUUGCCUGCAAAGUACCCUUCUCAGUCGUCGUCGUGAGCUACUUGCUUAUCGGGCUCGGCAUGUCCAUCAACAUCUCCCUGAACAAUGUCUUUUUGGCUAACAUGGCAAAUGGGACUGAAGCCUUGGGCGUUGCUCACGGAUCUUAUGGCAUCGGCGGAACAAUUGCUCCACUGAUCGCUACUGCAUUGGUAUCGCAUGGGAUCCACUGGACGUACUUCUACUUCAUUAACCUGACUCUGGCUGUCUUUAAUCUCUUCUACUCAGGUUGGGCUCUCAAAGGGUUUGGGAAAGAGCUCCAUGGCCAAGCUGUUCCAGGUGUUCGUGGAACAGUAUUUGUCCAAGACGAGGCGCAGCGGCCCGCCCAAAAAAGUGUCCUGAAAAAGGCCGUCAAAAGCAAAGUGACUUUUCUGGGAGCGUUGUUCAUAUUCGCGUACCAAGGUGCCGAAGUAUCGAUAUCUGGUUGGAUAGUCUCAUACCUGAUAGCUUAUCGAGACGGAGACCCGGCUCAUGUUGGAUACGUUAGCUCCGGUUUCUGGGCAGGCAUUACUCUCGGCCGGUUUGCUCUCUCUUACCCAGCCCGUCGCAUUGGAGAGAAGCUGUCGGUCUCCGUGCUUACCCUGUGCGCUAUUAGCUUUCAAUUUCUCGCAUGGUUUAUCCCGAAUAUCAUUGGACAGGCGGUCGCAGUUGCCAUCAUCGGAUUGAUUCUGGGUCCGAUUUACCCCUGUGGAGCUGUGGUUUUCAGCAAAUUGCUCCCUCACAACAUUCAAACGACGAGUUUGAGCUUUAUCAGCGCAAUGGGAAGCAGUGGCGGUGCCUUUGCUCCAUUUAUCACCGGCCUCCUUGCGCAGCAGCUUGGCACAGUAGUUUUACACCCAAUCUGUCUGGCCCUCUACGCUGUGAUGUUUGUCAGUUGGUGCUUCUUGCCAAGAAUUGUGAAACGUUCCGACUGA